AUAAAAUCUAGCCCAUGCUCUAAUCAAAACGAAAGCUUACACAAAUCUAACAAAAAAAUUAUCACAAUAAUGACUGAAUACACUUUUGUCAUUGUCGUUAACUUCUUGGUCCUUGUCCUAGUCUUCAUUUCCUCAGAGACAGUAAUAGCUUCUUAUGAUGAAUUCGAAGCAUAUGAUGAAGAACAAUUAGUUCCAUCAUCUCGAUAUGAAACGAUCUCACCAUCUGAACCUCCUUUGGGAGAUUUAGACAAUGUAGUUUUUGAUGUCUCCGAGUUUGGUGCCAUCCCCGAUGCCGACACAGACAGUACUUAUGCGUUUGAGAAGACAUGGGAAGCAGCUUGCAAGCACGAAGGAAUAACAAAGUUUUACGUCCCAGAAGGUAAAUUCUUAGUGGGAGCGAUCGAGUUCAAGGGCCCUUGUAGUACUAAAUCAACUUUGGAGGUAGAGAUUAGAGGAGAUCUAAUGGCUCCAACGAGCAUUAAGCAGUUUCCAUUUAAUCAAUGGAUUACAUUUACUCAACUAAACGACAUCGUCUUGUACGGGCGUGCUAACUUAGAAGGUCGAGGCGAAGUUGAAGCCUGGAAACAAGAAAGUUGCUGGAAAGCCUCCAAAUGUGACAAACUCAUAACGUCUUUGAUAUUAGGCAACGUAUCAAAUGCAAUCAUCAGAGACAUUACGUUAUCAAAUGCGAAAGGGUUUCAUUUGGGAUUACACUUUACUCAAAACGUAACGGUCCAAAACGUUAGCAUCAGUUCACCACAGGACAGUCCCAACACCGACGGGAUCCACGUGCAUAGCUCCUCUUACAUCAGCAUCAACAGCUCAACCAUUGGAGUCGGAGACGAUUGCGUCUCCAUCUCAACUGGGAGCUUUAACGUGCUCGUUUUCAACACACGUUGUGGUCCAGGCCAUGGAAUCAGUAUAGGAAGCUUGGGGAAGAAUAAGAACGAGGAGGAAGUGAGAGGGAUUAGGGUUCAAAACUGCACCAUUAACGGAACUGAUAACGGAGUUAGGAUCAAGACAUGGCCUACAUCGCCGCCGAGCCAAGCUAGUGAUAUGAUAUUCGAGGACAUUAUAAUGAUGAACGUCUCUAACCCCAUUAUCAUUAAUCAAGAGUAUUGCCCUUCUAAUAGCUGCAGCACCACCUUUGCGUCGAUGGUGAAGCUGAGCAACAUAGAGUUCAAGAACAUAAGGGGAACGUAUAACACUGAGUUCGGUGUGACUCUUAGAUGCAGCUCUCUCGUGGCAUGUGAGAAUAUAACUCUUAUCGACGUCAAUCUUAGCUCUAUCAAUACGACGGAGGAGAUGAAGCAAGAGAGGUUUAGUAUGAAGGGUAGUCUUCAUGGCUUAGCAGUUUUUAACUCCAAUUUUAAUUAG